UUGACUGGAUAUGAACGUAUUGACGGGCGGCUGUGGGAUGAGCCGCGCCCAGUGAGCAUCACGGUGGGGUACCAGCGGUCGGCGGAGGGGUCGGCGCUGAUUGAGAUGGGUGGGACCAAGGUGCUGUGCGCCGCCUCUCUGGAGGAGCGGGUUCCGGCCUUUCUGCGUGGCCAGGGUACAGGAUGGGUUACGGCCGAAUAUUCGAUGCUGCCCCGGGCGACCAAUACCCGCUCGUCCCGCGAGCGCGACACGGGCAGGGUCAGCGGGCGGUCGCAGGAGAUCCAGCGGCUCAUCGGGCGGUCGCUGCGGGCGGUAACCGACAUGGCAGCUCUGGGGGAGAGAACGGUGCAGAUCGACUGCGACGUCAUUGAGGCCGACGGAGGGACGCGCACGGCGUCAAUUACCGGAGCGUACGUAGCUCUUCAACAGGCAAUGAUGAUGCUGGUGCGGCAACGGGUGAUCCGCCGGGUGCCGCUGGAAUACCCGGUGGCGGCGGUGAGUGUCGGGAUCCUGAAGGAUGAGUUGCUUCUCGACCUUUGCUAUGCCGAGGACUACGAGGCCGAUGUGGACUUCAACGUGGUGAUGACGGCCAACGGGGGGCUUGUGGAAUUGCAGGGCGCCACGGAGGCCCGUCCGUUUGCGCGGCCGAUGGUGGAGCGGGUGAUGGCGCUGGCGGCUCGAGGGCUGGAGCCGGUGUUCCGGGCCCAGCGGGAGGCGCUGCGGCGGGUGUAA